AUGACCCGCCGACCUAGCAAGUAUGGCAACAAUUUCAGAUCACACUCGUCCUCGUUCGUACCGAAGAGAGCGAAGACCAUCGGCGUUUCGUCAUUACGAUCGAGUGAGGCUACCUCUCAAGAUGAGAAAUUCCAGGCGUUGCGUAUCGCGAACGAGAUCGACGAGACCAUGGGAUUUGCGCGAUAUGAGGCAGGGAAGAAACGGAUUGGAUGGCUAUGCAACAUGCAUAGUACAACAAUAGAGGAUCCAAAGGUCCCCGGAGGCCGAGCAGCGGUGGAAUUUUACUUUCUUGAGGAGGAUGGCGGCAGUUUUAAGGUAUCUCUCGAAUACGAUCCCUAUUUCCUAAUAGCUACGAAACGAGGACGUGAAGCAGAGGUGGAAGAAUGGUGCAAGCGAUCAUUUGAAGGCUUGGUGAAGGGCAUAAAGCAGGUGGAAAAGGAGGAUCUACAGAUGCCAAAUCACUUGCUUGGGUAUAAAAGGCAGUUCCUCCAGCUCAGCUUUGCCAACGUCUCAGACCUCCUUGCAGUACGGAAAACUAUAUCCCCCAUUGCUACAAAGAAUAAGAAGAAUGUCAAUGCUAUGGAUACAUACGCAGAACUUGCAAGCGCGAACGCCGGAUUCGAUCUAUAUGACGAUGAAGUUAAUAGCCGUGGGCAAAAUGCUUUACAGGAUGCUACAGAUUAUAUCGUGGAUAUUAGGGAAUAUGACGUUCCCUAUCAUGUGCGCGUCUCAAUUGAUAAAGAUAUCCGCAUUGGAAAAUGGUACACGGUGCAAUCGGUUCAUGGUGUCAUAUCAUUGACCUGCCUCGAAGAGAGACUGCAACGAGCCGAUCCUGUCGUGCUUGCAUACGACAUUGAAACCACAAAGCUACCCUUGAAAUUUCCAGAUGCUGCGAUUGAUCAGGUAAUGAUGAUAUCGUAUAUGAUUGAUGGCCGGGGAUACCUGAUAACAAACAGGGAGAUCGUCUCCGAAGACAUCAGCGAUUUUGAAUAUACCCCUAAACCUGAAUACUAUGGACCUUUUACGAUUUUUAAUGAACCGGAUGAAAAGGCUGUCCUUGAGCGUUUCUUUAACCACGUCAAGGAAGUCAAACCUAGCGUCAUGGUCACUUAUAACGGUGAUUUCUUCGAUUGGCCAUUUGUCGAGGCAAGAGCGAGCGUCCAGGGGAUCGAUAUGUAUACGGAGAUUGGCUUCCGAAAAAAUAGCGAAGACAUCUACCAGAGUGAUUACUGUGUUCACAUGGAUGCCUUUUCGUGGGUGAAUCGAGACAGUUAUCUCCCACAGGGAAGUCGUGGCUUAAAGGCUGUCACAGUUGCGAAGUUGGGGUACGAUCCUGAUGAGCUCGAUCCCGAAUUAAUGACCAAAUAUGCGAGUGAGCGGCCUCAAACCUUGGCUGAAUACUCGGUUUCCGACGCUGUGGCCACCUAUUAUCUAUAUAUGAAAUAUGUCCAUCCUUUUAUCUUUUCACUCUGCACCAUUAUUCCACUGAGCCCGGACGAGGUUCUCCGCAAGGGUACUGGAACCCUUUGUGAAAUGUUGUUGAUGGUCCAGGCAUAUCAACAUAACAUCAUAUUGCCCAACAAGCAUAUGGACCCGAAUGAAGCAUUCUAUGAAGGCCAUCUUCUCGACUCCGAGACUUAUGUGGGAGGACAUGUGGAGAGUAUAGAAGCCGGUGUUUUCCGCAGCGAUAUUCCCGUUAAUUUCACCGUUGAUACGACGGCGAUUGACGAGCUUCUCCGUGAUCUCGAUGCAGCACUCGAGUUCAGUAUUACCGUCGAAGAAAAGAAAUCCCUUGAAGAUGUGGUCAAUUACUCUGAGGUCAAAGCACAGAUCACAGAGAGGCUGCUGAAAUUGAAAAAUUCGCCGAAUCGGAACGAGAGGCCAUCCAUCUACCAUUUAGAUGUCGCAUCUAUGUAUCCAAACAUCAUGACUACAAACCGACUACAACCAGAUUCAAUGAUUAAGGAGUCGGAUUGCGCUGCGUGUGAUUUCAACAGACCUGGUAAAACUUGCGACAGACGCCUCCCAUGGUCAUGGAGAGGUGAAUUUUUACCGGCGAAGCGUGACGAAUAUAACAUGAUACGGCGUGCAAUCGCGAACGAAAAGUUUCCAGGCAGGACCAAACACCAUGCGCCGAGGAGUUUUGAGAGCCUUGAUGAGAGCGAGCAAGCAGCCAUCGUGAAGAAACGAUUACAGGAAUACAGCAAGAAGAUAUACCACAAAAUCCGCGAAACCAAAACCAUCGAGCGCGAGGCCAUCAUCUGCCAGAGAGAGAAUCCAUUUUAUGUUGAUACCGUCCGCAAUUUCAGGGAUCGAAGAUACGAUUUUAAAGGCAAACAGAAGGUUUGGAAGGGCAAAGUGGAAUCCCUGAAAUCCUCAGGCGCUGCCAACUCAGAGGUUGAGGAAGCAAAAAAGAUGGUCAUUCUGUUUGAUUCCCUACAGCUUGCCCACAAAGUUAUUUUAAACAGUUUCUACGGAUACGUUAUGAGAAAAGGUUCUAGGUGGUAUUCCAUGGAGAUGGCCGGAGUUACUUGUCUAACGGGUGCCCAUAUCAUCCAAAUGGCGAGGGAGCUAGUGGAGCGGAUUGGGCGGCCACUUGAACUUGAUACAGAUGGUAUUUGGUGCAUGCUACCGGCUACCUUUCCGGAGAAUUUUGUAUUCAAACUGGUGAACGGUAAAAAGCUUACCAUUUCAUACCCUUGCGUCAUGCUCAAUCACCUAGUUCAUGGGAAGUUUACCAACGACCAAUAUCAAACUCUCACCGAUCCCGCUACAUUCAAAUACAAGACUCACAGCGACAAUUCCAUCUUUUUCGAAGUCGAUGGGCCAUAUAGAGCCAUGAUUCUUCCAACUUCCAAGGAGGAGGACAAGAAUUUGAAGAAGCGUUAUGCUGUUUUCAACCACGACGGAUCACUUGCUGAACUGAAAGGGUUCGAAGUGAAGCGAAGGGGUGAGCUUAAACUCAUCAAGGUAUUCCAGACCCAGAUCUUCAAAUUUUUCCUUGAAGGCACUACUCUCGAAGAGACGUAUGGUGCCGUUGCCGAAGUUGCGAAUCGGUGGUUGGAUGUCCUGCACAUGCACGGUUCGACACUAGCGGACGAAGAGCUCAUAGAUAUGAUCUGUGAAAAUAGGAGUAUGUCUAAAACAAUCGAGGAAUACGGAGCCCAAAAAUCGACGUCAAUUACGACCGCAAAACGGCUUGCUGAAUUCUUGGGAGAGCAGAUGAUUAAAGACAAGGGACUAAACUGCAAAUAUAUCAUUUCUUCUUCACCGAGGAAUUCGCCUGUUACUGAAAGAGCUGUCCCUGUUGCAAUCUUUUCGGCAGAAGAGAGUAUUAAAAGAUUCUUCCUGCGCAAGUGGAUGAAGGAGGACCCCGGAGAUAUGGAUCCACGUACAAUUAUUGAUUGGGAUUAUUACCUUGAGCGAUUAGGAUCCGUGAUACAGAAGCUGAUAACUAUACCCGCUGCUUUGCAAAAGAUCUCCAACCCCGUCCCUCGAGUAGCCCAUCCAGAUUGGCUCCAGCGAAGGAUCAAUACCAAGGAAGACAGGUUUAAACAGAAGAAAAUGACGGAUCUGUUUGCGAAGAAUCCAUUGGCCAGCCUGUCAACAAACAUCAUGGACCAUCGCAUCCCUUCAGCUGGAGAUAUCGAGGACCUCAUGCAACGCGGAAGCCAGAAGCCAGGUACACAGCCAGGAAAUAAACUCACUCAGAAACGAAAGGCACCUGGAGGAGAGACCAAUACAUCCCAAGACCCAUUUGCGACUCUUCCACCAAUAAUGCCAUCAAUGACUGAAAAUUAUGAAGACUGGUUGCAGUACCAGAAACAAAAAUGGAAAAUUCAGAAACAGGCACGACUCCGUCGUCGCAAACUCUUUGGUGCUAAGAAAACUGCGGCUUCCGACUCUAUUGGUGGUUUCUUCCGAAAUCAGGCUGAACUCACAUAUGUCAAUACAUGGCAGAUAUUACAGCUUCGGGAAACCGAUAGCCCCGGUGAAGUAAGGGCGUUUGUGCUAAUAGAUCGCAAGGUGCACACAAUUACCAUCAAGGUCCCACGACAUAUUUUUAUUAAUUUCAAGGAUGUGGACUUACCUGACGUUGAUAUCACCAACUGUUCGGUUCAGAAAGUAAACCACACAUUGCCAAACGGACAUCCAUCCGUCCAUCUGUUCCAGCUGAGUAUGCCAGAGGAGAUAUAUCUGAGAGAGACAUCAAAAAUAUCUUUACUACUCAGUCACCCUAGCGUUGAAGGGGUAUAUGAGAAAAAAGUCCCGUUCAAUAUUCGAGCUGUCCUUAAGCUUGGAAAUCACUGUACUUUUGAUGAAGAGCAGCGCGGUGUCCUCGGCAAGGGUCUAGAACAUGGCUUUGACUUGUCUACGCUUCUUCCUGCGCCUGAACCAGGUGUCUAUCUCGAAGGAGCGCAGUUUCAAUAUGUCCUCCUCUAUCAUAUUGUCGCGGGCGAACGUGAGAUAUUUUCGAUCUUCUCAACGCAAUCGAAAGAAGCACAUAUUGUUACCUACACAAAGCAGAGAGAUAUUCAAGGAUUCCCCAAUGUCGAUAAAAUCUUCGCUGAAGCACUUCAGCGGAAAGCAAGCGAACAAAACAGCGAAACGUGGCAGCAAAUAUUCGAGUAUCAAGAAAAGCUUCAUUUCAAGACAAAGCAAGUCACAACAAAGCGGAAAGCCCAUCUUGAAGUCGGAGACAUUCUUAAAAAGUUCCGCAAUGAGAACACGCUACCAAUGCUAGUUGUGGUCCAGUCGCCCAAGAGUCGCCAACUUCCACGUCUUAUCUCGAGUUUGAAGGACUAUCCAAUGAUAUCAUUGAGAUCCAAUGCAGCCGAUAACGAACUGCCACCACUUGGCUGGCAAGCUUAUGCUGCAAGGCAAAUCGUGAUGCACUACCUGGCGUUGGAUUCGUGGAUUAACCAUCUCCUUGGAUUUGCUCGAUAUGGCAAUAUCCCAAUUGGUAACCUCGAGAAAGAUGACCCUAAGCACUUGAUCGAUAUCCUAUAUGCUCGACGGCUUGAGCAGAGUAAUGUCGUCUUAUGGUGGUCCUCCAGUCCCCUUCCAGACCAUGGUGGCUAUGAGAAGGACGAUAUCCUUGGUCCAUUGAAUUCAGUCGAAAUGACUUCUGUCAAUACCCCUGGCGCCUACUCCACCGUGUGCAUCGAACUUGAAGUUCGAAAUCUUGCGAUCAAUACCGUUCUCACUUCUUCACUAAUCAAUGACCUCGAAAGCAAUGAGCCAGCGUUGCUCAACCCAGUUGCCCCCGGAGACCAGCAAAGUGUUUCUGACGGAAGUGGUGUGUUGUAUUCUGAUACCGCAUUUUCCGCCGUGGGUAUACUUGUUCUGCGAGAUAUGGUAAAAUCGUGGUGGAACGAAGCCUGUAAGGGUAAUGGGAUGGCCGACGUGAUGGUUCAACAUCUCAUUCGAUGGGUGGAGAGUGCGGAUUGUUGUUUAUAUGACCAUGCACUCCACCAAUACGUGCAGAUGCUCCUGAAAAAAGCCCUGCAACAACUUAUCACUGCCUUCAAACGAGUUGGGUCUAAUGUUAUCUAUGCAAAUCCGAACCGACUAAUUCUUCAGACAACCAAAACAGAGGUCGGAAACGCUUAUGCAUACAGCAAAUAUAUCCUGAAGACUAUCAAGGAAAAGCCUCUAUUUCACUUCCUCGACCUUGACAUUAAGGAAUAUUGGGAUUAUUUGAUCUGGUAUGACGAAUUCAAUUACGGCGGCAAGGCAUGUCAGGAGGUGGUCGAAGCGGAAAAGCAGGAACUGGAGGCAAUUAUGAACUGGCAAAUUAGCAGGUUCUUACCGACUCCGCUGCAGUCCGUCUUCGUAGACUGGAUUGUAGAAUACGUCGAGAUAAUGCAUGCGCACAAGAAGCCAGUGGCCGCACAAACCGAAGCCGAUGCAACCCCUCGACAGACACAACUUCCAUCCCGGCCUGAGGACGAAAGCGAGAGUGUUGAAAUAACUUCAGUGUUGAGCCAAUCCUUCUCCAAAGCACUGAAGAAGCAGAUAGCAGGCUUGAUUCGCCGACAGCGUGACGAAAUGCUGCAUCCUGAGCUGGCCUCUGAUUAUGAGUUCCCAGUGCUCCCUGGCGCAGUUAUACCCAAACAUGAACGAAACCCAACAUUGGAACUUGUUAAAUAUCUCAUGCAAAUCCUGGGACUUGCUAAAUAUACUGCGUUGGAAGUGAGGCUCCUUCGUCGAGAUCUCCUAACCCUCUUCGAUAUCCGCGAGUUCAGCGAUGAAGGGAAGUUUGAGAGCCCAAGCUCGAGCCUGGUCCUGACACAGGUGAUAUGCCACAACUGUACCAUGGCCCGAGAUUUAGACCUAUGUCGCGAUCCUGAAUUCCUCCCUGAUAGCGGGACUGAAAAUAAUGCAACGACGACUCUCCCCCCGUGGAUAUGUCCGUACUGCUCCACCGAGUACGAUCGGUUAUUCCUUGAGGAGAGGGUGAUUGGUGACGUCCAAGGGCUUGUUAUGGAGUGGCAAGCGCAAGAUCUCAAGUGCGCAAAGUGCGCUGGUAUAAUGAUAAACCCGUUCAUGGAGCACUGCUCGUGUAGCGGCGAAUGGGUAGGGACCAUAGACAGGCUUGCAGUCGAGAAGAAGUUGGGGGUGUACCAAAGCAUUGCUGAUUUUUAUGGGUUCAAAAUGUUGUCUAUGGUUACGAAAGGCGUUCUGGAAAGCAUCUGA